AAGCAAGCCCUUGGUUGUUGUGUGAGACUGGCAGCUUAUCCCAAAGAUGUGUUCAGCAGACUUCUUUUGUUGUUUAGUAUGAAUGUUAUCCCAGAUGAUGAAGACUCCUCAAACAAUGGACAGGCGCAGCAAUUGUCAACACUCUACCUUGCUAAUAUUGGUAAAGUUGUCUACCCAGCAUAUGUGAUUGACAGACCAACACCAGUUUUCCACUCUCGAGAUAGCCUCAUCCAAUUCUCUGAAGCGUAUCAGCAUAAGUAUGAGAUGCUUGUAGCGCUUGAAAAUAAGAACUUUGAACAAGCCUAUAUUUACUAUCCAGAAGCUUCAAAGAAAUUUGAUGAUAUUCUGGCCAAGCUGAAAAAUUGUUCAGAAAUCUCUGCUGCACUACUCCCAGGCCACUUGCGAUGCUUCACUGCUGAGUGGGCCAUCACUAAGAUGUGUUAUUAUGGAGUGGAACUGUUACAGAAAUGGCGAAAGUAUGAUGAGGCUGUCAAUCAACUUGAAAGUCUGCUUCAACAAGACAUAUUUUGCUUUGAUUCGCGUGGACGGUGGUAUGAUAGACUGGCACUGAAUUUGCAUCAGCACUUAAAACAACCUGAAAAGGCUAUGCAGGUCAUCCGGGAAGCCCUUCUAGACCCACAUGUUCGGUUUGGGCGUCGUCUUGCCCUGAUACAGAGAGCCAAGCGCAUCCUCUCUUCCCCAGCAUUUACUAAAGGGAAGAAGAAAAAAUGUGAAGAUUAUGGAGACCUGGAGUUAAUAGAACCAGACUCAUCUAAGAGUAUCACUAUAUCUGGGACAAGAUGUGCAGAACUUGGAGUCUUCAUUGCUCCUGAGAUUGAUCAAGAUGGCCAAGUAAUUGAUGGUACAACAACCUUCUGUGCAGUGGAGGAAUAUGCCUUGUCAUAUUAUCGCCAGAAGGGAUUUGACCAAGGAAUCCAUGGAGAAGGAUCCACUUUCUCAUCACUUUACAUCUUAUACAUGUGGGACAUCAUAUUUGCAAGUGGAAUUCCAGAUGUUUUUCGAAGUCCAUUCCAAGCUGCUCCCCUUGACUUCUGCUAUGAUGCAUUUUACGAAAGUCGCAAAGAAAUUAUUGACAAGAGGCUGGAGGAAAUCUCAAUAACGUCAGUUGAGAAACUUCAGGACAUUCUGUCCAAAGCUUGGAAUGAUUACGAAGGGCAGGUUUGUGCAGGAAUAAGCUGGGAUCGAUUCACAAGUGUGGAGCAAGCAAAACAACUCGUAGCCUGCCUGGGUGGUCAGAUAAUGUCUGGGAUCUUCACUCGGUUUGCUCAAGGAUACCGCUAUUGUCGCGCUGGUAUGCCUGAUCUGGUCGUAUGGAAUUCAUCCACUCUUGAUUACAUGAUUUCUGAAGUUAAGGGUCCAGGGGACAAGCUUUCUACCAAGCAAUUAAUCUGGCUAGAUGUUUUACAGUCCCUUGGAGCUAAUGUCGAAGUCUGCUAUGUGACUGAUGUUGGCGCUAAGCGCCUUAAAGUGUCAAAAUAAAUGUCCUCCACGAGUCAGCUGGGGAUGGAAAUUCGACCUUCGCUUUGAAAUAAUAUUUCAAAUAUUAUAUGAAUUACUUCGUUACUUACUACAGAGUAGAGGAAUAAAUCGACAAGUGAAUAUUUUA